UCCAGCUUCUGUCGGCGAUGUCUCCGCGGACCGUAUCGUCUCGUCGGGGCUAGGCUAGGCUAGGCUAAGUAGCCUAGCAUGCUAGUUAGCUUACGCCUUAGCGUAGCUUUUAGCCUGCGCUACGAGUUGUUUGCACGGAUCUCCCGACUCUCACGUCUUGAUGAUAACUUUUAGAACAACUUUUUUUUUCGACUCACUAUCAGCCGUUGACCAACAGAUGUGUUGCAUCCCACUACGGAGUGCGAGAACACCCGAGGACCUCCAACAUGCUAAAGUGAUGGCGUGGGCGUGUGUGCCGCCCGCUUUCCGAUUGUGGAGAUGGUUCUAACCGCCACUGUUCUGGUAUACAGAGGCUUGUCGCGCUGGCCUUGAGAAGUCCCAUCAACACACAGCACACACUGCCAGAUACCACCAGAUAGCCGUGGGAACGGUCACAGGCGUACAGGACGGGCUGCCCUACGUACUCACAGAGGUUCACACACGCAAACAAACAAUCAUACCCCGUGUGUACGCCUGUUUGCAGGAGACUCCCUCUAAAGCGAUUCCCCCCCCCACCCCCCCCAUCAUCCCAUCCCCCAAAACGUCCUUCCGUCUGGGUGAGAGUCCCCCAACGAUUUCCUCUUGAUAUUUUACCCGCCAACCUCCACCAUCUCUCGGUCAACCGCCAACAUGCCGAGCUCCACCAUCCGCCGGCAGAUGAAGAACAUGGUGAACAACUACUCGGACGCGGAGAAGAAGGUGCGCGAGUCCACGUCCAACGACCCGUGGGGACCCUCGUCGUCGCUGAUGUCGGAGAUCGCCGACCUCACGUACAACGUGGUGGCCUUCAGCGAGAUCAUGAGCAUGAUCUGGCGGCGGCUCAACGACCACGGGAAGAACUGGCGGCACGUGUACAAGGCGCUGACGCUGCUGGACUACCUGGUGAAGACGGGCUCGGAGCGGGUGGCGCUGCAGUGCAAGGAGAACAUCUUCGCCAUCCAGACGCUCAAGGACUUCCAGUACGUGGACCGCGACGGCAAGGACCAGGGCAUCAACGUGCGGGAGAAGAGCAAGCAGCUGGUGGUGCUGCUGAAGGACGAGGAGCGGCUCAAGGGCGAGAGGUCCCAGGCCCUGAAGACCAAGGAGCGCAUGGCGCAGGUGUCGACCGGGGGCUCCCAGGUGGGCUUCGGCCGUGGGUCCUCCCAGCCCAACCUCUCCACCUCCUACAGCGAGGAGUACGGCCGCUCGGAGGGCUCCCCAGCCUCCUACCAUGGCUCUACGUCUCCCAAUGCUGGCUCUGAGUUGGAGCAGGCCCGGCCUCAGACCAGCGGAGAGGAGGAGCUGCAGUUGCAGCUGGCCCUGGCCAUGAGCCGCGAGGCUGCAGAGCAGGAAGAUCGUGUGCGGCGGGGGGACGACCUCAGACUACAGAUGGCCCUGGAGGAGAGCAAGAAGGGCGGCCCGGGCUCCGGCAAGCUCGCCAAGAAGAAGAGAGAGCCCCAGUCUUCCCUGAUGGAUCUGAUGAAUGUUCCGGAGCCGGGUGCAGGUGCAGGUGCUGGGGCCGGGGCCGAGGCCGACCCCUGGAGGGCCGGGGCCGCCGCUGCUGCUGCUGCUCCUGCGACGGACCCCUGGCAGUCAUCAUAUGGUGCUGUGGCUAAACCAGUGGAUCCGUGGGGAACCAACCCUUCCGUUCCCCCCAUGAAGGGCAGCGAUCCCUGGGGAACAAACCAGCCUCCAGCCCCGGACCCCUGGGGCUCAGCCUCUGUGCGGCCCAAGACCGCUAACGCAGGUAGCUUUGACCUGUUCAGUGCAUCCAACGGUACGUCUAAGGAAGACUUCUCAGAGUUUGACAGCCUGCGCACCUCCUCCUCUGUCCCCACUGGGAACGGGGGUGUGGUCUCCUCCCUGCCCUCCCAGGCCAGCCUGGCCAGCAGCGGCAGCAUGGAUCUGUUUGACCCGCUGCCCACCUCCUCCUCCCUGGGCCUCCACCCCACCAGGAAGACCCCCGAGUCCUUCCUGGGGCCCAACGCCGCGCUGGUCAACCUGGACUCCCUGGUCACCAAGCCGGCCCAGCCCGCGCCCAUCGCCAACCCCUUCCUGGCCGCCUCUGCUGCAGCGGCUGCCCCGGUCCUGGCCAACCCCUUCCAGGUAGGCCAGCCCGCCCCGCCCACCCUCAACCAGAUGCGGGUCAGCCCCAUGCCCGCGGGCUUCGGGUCCCUGGCCGCCGACCCCAUGCCGCUGACCUCCAUGGGCCAGCCCGCCAUCACCAUGGUCCCCCUGGCCGGCAUGGCCCCCGGGGGCCGCCCGGGGCCCGGCAUGGGGAUGGCCAUGCCCCAGCCGCUCAUGUCCAACGUCAUGCCCCCGCAGAGUGCCGCGCAGCCCCCCGGCACCACAAACCCGUUCCUGUUGUGAGUCGCCACCAGCACCCCCCCCCCCCCCCCCCCCCCCCCCCCCACUCCCCA